CGCCGCCGCAGCCGCGGAAGUACCUGCCUUCCAGUAGCAAGCUCUCGAUUUCUCGAUAUCCUCCUUGCUGAGAGCAAGCGCUGGGAAACGGUCAUUAUGCCACACCCAUGUAACUGGGAUAUUUACUUCGACACACCUCAUUUGAGAGCCUUGGAAUGUAGCGUUCAUCUUCUCCGACACAGCAAAUUCUAUGCACCAAAUAUCUCUCGCCUGUACAUCAAGACUAGUUGUCAUCUGUCCUCUCCACUCAGACCGCACAUUCCCUUUUACAAAGAUUUGCGUCAUCUCCACCUCCCGAACACUUCAGUGCGGACUCUAUGCUCCACUAUCAUCAGUUUUCCUCGCCUGGAGACCAUUGCUGUCGAUAAAAUCGAACACUCGGGCAAUGUUCUUGACGGUAGAAUGUAUUCGGCGACACUUGAGUCGAUGACACUCCCCCUGCCCUCCUCGUAUGAGUCAUAUUACUUCCAGCAAGAGUUUAUCAACAUGUUCGGUCUGCUUCAUCUUCCAAAUUUCCGGAAAUUGACUCUGGUUGGAACACCAAAAAAACAACGAGUUCGUGAUCUUUUGCCGGUCCUGGCGGCGGCAUCUUUUCAGGUGCCUGUAGUAGAUUUUCCGACGGACGCACCGUUGAGGAAAGUUCACAUGAGCAGCAUUGAGUCGCUGCUCUCAGUUGUGGGAGAGGUUACUUUUUGUGGAAACGUGCUUCAGAUCGACAAGCGCCGGAAUUCACGACGAAGAGGGAAAUUGAAGCUACGUUACUCAAGAUAAUUUGAGUAAUGUAACCAGUCACACCUUUGCCUUGGACGAAUUUAUUUUAUUCUGCUCCAAUAUUUACACCACUAAACCCCUACCGGAACCGUGCUUUUUUUUUCUUAUAGUGGUCAAUCUUAUUAGCGACGGCUGUCAACAAAUCAUGCUGAAGGGCCUCCCUCGAAACGGA